CCCACCAUUCUGUCUCUUAGUUCUCUUCCUAAUGUUGUUCUUCCUUCCAGGCAGAAAGACUUUUAUGCAAUCUUCAAUGUUACUCAGAAAAGUAUAAAGCGAGUCACGUGCAUCAUCCAGCGCUUCUCCUUACUUUUGUCUUUUACCUUUCUGUAAAUCUCUCUGUUGUCCAAAUUGUGUAAAGAAAAACUAUUGUCCAAAUCAAUCGUAAACAGCAUUAUGUCUCACUUCAAAAAUGCCACCAGCGAAUUCAAGAAGCGCCUAGCUGAUCAGCCCGUCAUCAGACGUGCAGUAGUUACACCAUUACUAGCACAGGAUGAUGGACCUAUCUACACAGGUUCUAAUGCCAAUCCUAACAAUAACGGAUUACAAGUGUUCAAGUCAAGCAAGAAGAGGAAGGCGGAAGUAUAUUCUCAACCACAAGAAACUGGGGCGGGAAACCAUAUAAAUAGUUUACUCCUCAAUGCGAUCAAUUUCUUAAAAACAUCAGAUGAGCCACAAUCUGUAGAGGAUUUGAAACGUAAAGGAAAUAUUGACCUGGAGACAAAACCAAGACUGUAUGAGUUGCUCAAAUCGAAUGAGAAAGUAGCAUAUGAUGAAGUCAAUAAUACAUUUGUAUACAAGCCAACGUAUCAGAUCAAAAGCAAGGAGGAUCUUCUUGCAAUGCUCGAAAAAAGGAAAAAUGAAGGAGGUAUGGACUACAAGGAGCUCAAGGACUCGUAUUCCAAACUGCCACAGGCAGUUCAGGAACUCGCUAGUGAAGGACGCAUCUUGGUGGUAAAGAAUAAGGAUGGGCAGCCAAGGGUACUUUUUUGGAACGAUCAACGCUAUAAUACAGCUAUGGAUCCAGAGUUUCGAGAAAUUUGGCACCGCUUGCGAAUUCCGGACGAGAUUGAUCUGCCUAAGGAAUUGGAGAAGGCUGGUUUGACUCAUAUGCAAGUGUUUGAUAAGAAGGGACCAGGUGAAGUUCCAAAACGCAAGCAAGUGCGUAGGAAUCGAAAAAUGAAGAUUACUAAUACACAUAUGAAGGGUCUGGAUCUCACUAAAGAUUUCGUAAUUCAAAAGUAACAAGGGUAAAUAAAGAGCAAGA